CACAGUGCACAAGCUUUCAGUCACACAAUGGCAAUGAAUUGUCAAAGCUGAACUUCUUUUGAAUACAAUACAAAAUGGAUACCUUAUUCCAACGCGAUGAGUUGGAUAUUCUUCUAAACGAAAUCUUGUCAGACGGCUCUUCCCCAUUCAGUGAGGAAUCUGUGGUUUUAACGGACGUUCUAGAUACCACCAAACGAGCAAUGGAUCCAGACUAUGAUGUGGAAACCACUGACUUGCAAGAUCUCAUAGAUCAAAUUUCAGAGGAGGAAUUGUCCGUAGGAUCUUCUAAGACUUCUAAUAACUCAAGCAUUCCUUGUCAAUCAAAACAAAUCGGAAAACCAGAGGAUUCAAGUGAUUCUAGCGACGCAACAGGAUCGCCAAAUCCUAGCAAAAGUCCAUCGAACAACAACCACUUACAAUGUCCGGUAUGUGGCCAUCUUUCCGGAAAACAUUCUUACUACGGAGCCCAAGUCUGUUUUAGUUGUCGCUCUUUUUUCCGUCGAUCCACCAUUAAUUCCACUGCCCAAGAGUUUGGUUGCAAAAACGAUCAGAAUUGUGAGAUUGAUUCAAAAUCGUGGAAGAGUUGCAAGUUCUGCCGAUACCAGAAGUGUCUUUCAGCGGGCAUGAAGCCAAAUUGGGUCUUGAAUGACGAGGACAGAACCCGUCGGAAUGCCAAGCGAUCACAGAUCCGGAAAGCUCGUGAUAUCAAUGUUUUACCUUUAAAGGUGGUCCUGGAACAACAAUGGACUACUGACGAAGAAAAUCAAAUACGAGCGGUUCGUGAUGACUCUUUCCUGAAGCUAGCUGUUGCGCUUGCUCAGUUUUACGAGAACAAUCCGACAAUUUUGGAUCAGUUUGUGGAUUGCGUCCACAACUGGACAGCCUUUGAUUCAGUGUUAGUGGCCUACAUCAGACGAUUUAUUUGCACUGAGAUGAUGAAGUCAUUUUCUGGGUUGUUGGCCUUGAAAGACCUUAGUCCAGUGGAUCGUUUCCUUCUUUUGUCUCAUAAUUAUUCCAUGUGGGUCUCGUUUGAAGAGGCGGUUCAAUUCAGGAACUACCACGAGGCUGAGAAGAGUCAGCAGACUUUCUUGAUGUGCUUACAGAGUGUAAAAAGCUCCUCGGAUCCGGAUGCUAAAGUCAAUGUUGAUAUGCUUCAAACAGUUUGGGCUAAAUUUACCAUACAUGACAAUGUCAGAUUCCUGGAUCGUUUGAAUGACUUGGUUCAAGAUCAAUCAUCGAGGAAGCGACGAACCAAACUGAUCACCUCCAUCCAGUCUUGGCCGAGAAUUGGCCUCCAAGGCUUGUCCGAUGACAUAAUGCUCACUCUGAUGAUGAUGAUUUUACUUUGCUGUCCGGAUUCUCUUCACUUACAAUCUGAGGGAUCAGUGAGUCAGAUCCAGAAUCAAUAUUGCUACAUGUUAUAUCGAUACACCAACUUUAAAUAUCCCGGUCAAGCUCAUAGCAAGUUGGGUGAGGGCAUGGAUAUCGUUUCAAAAGUUCGAGAGGUGACGACCAUAGGAGAGACUGCAUUAAAUGACAAAAUUAAUCGCUCAUGAGAAUUGGCUUGGACGAAUACAUGGAGCAAAUUAAACAAUGAAAGUCCAUGUAAGGAGCUAGUGUAACCAAGCACUCCAAAAGGCAAGAAUCUUCUCCUCAGGUGUCGUGGGUUCAAAGCCCGGUAGCGAAAGUUGGACCUUGGCGUCGUGGUAAGCUUAGUUUCCGUGCAUGAGAGAGGUCAUUAGCUCGAUUCUCCUCCCCGACGUUUCUCAAGGAAACUUUUAGACAAUAGCCACACCUACAGACGGAGAACCGAUCUGAUAUGGACUAUGCAUGGACUAUGUAACUGCCUAUUGGGAAUAUAUACGGAUGAUGUGAUGGCUGGCCAGCUUCGCUGACUGGGCAAGGUUUAACCUUCCGACCCCUAGUAGCCCAAAUGCAAAAAAGUACGAACAAACUCGAAUAAUUGGACAAAAAUUGACGGAGACAACUGAAAAUGAGGUUAAGAAAUAGAUUGA